UACAGCCCCGCCCGGAGUCUGAUCCAGCCCAGCUCAGCCUCAAGUUAAGAGCCCCCAGUGCCCUGCUCUCCAGACCAACAGCCACCUGUGGGUGGGGGGGCCAGUGGAUUUGGAUGUCGUCAUGGCGACGGCGUGGGUGGCCACAGCCCUGCGGUCUGCGGCAGCGGUCAGAAGGCUGCGCAGCACGGGAGGUGGUCCUGGGGGUUCGCGGAGACUGAGUGGUAGCGCGCGACGGCGCGGGGCGAGGAGUGCCAGCCCGGGACGCCGGCUCAGUACCGCCAGGGCUCACAGAGAGGACGCCGAGGGCGCUAAGGAUCGUGUCCAGUCUCCUGCCGUCGAGGAGCCGUCGUGGACACCGCUUCCAACGCCCCUCGAAUCCCCUGCACCUCCCGCUGGCAGGUCACUGGUGCAGCGGGACAUCCAGGCCUUCCUGAGCCAGUGCGGUGCCAGCCCUGGGGAGGCACGCCACUGGCUCACACAAUUCCAAACCUGCUACCAUUCGGUGGACAAGCCCUUCGCCGUCCUGGAGGUGGAUGAGGAGGUACUCCAGUGCCCGCAGGCGGUGUCUAGCCUGGCUUUUGCCCUAGCCUUCCUGCAACGCAUGGACAUGAAGCCACUGGUGGUCCUGGGGCUGCCGGCCCCCACGGCACCUUCAGGCUGUCUUUCCUUCUGGGAAGCUAAGGCACAGCUUGCCCAGAGCUGCAAGGUGCUGGUGGAUGAGCUAAGGCACAACGCGGCUUCUGCUGUGCCCUUUUUUGGCGGCGGAUCAGUGCUGAGCGCUGCGGAACCAGCCCCCCAUGCCAGCUACGGUGGCAUCGUCUCCGUGGAGACAGACCUGUUGCAAUGGUGCCUGGAAUCGAACAGCAUCCCCAUCCUGUGCCCCAUUGGGGAGACCGCUGCGCGCAGGUCAGUGCUUCUUGACUCGCUGGAGGUGACCGCGUCUCUGGCCAAGGCUCUGAGGCCCACCAAAAUCAUCUUCCUCAAUACUUCAGGCGGCCUGCGGGAUACCAGUCAGAAGCUCCUGAGCCAAGUGAACCUGCCCGCCGACCUUGACCUGGUUACCAAUGCGGAAUGGCUGACUAUCAAAGAACGGCAGCAGAUUCGGCUCAUAGUGGACGUACUCAGCCGCCUGCCGCACUACUCCUCCGCAGUCAUCACCGCUGCCAGCACGCUGCUCACCGAGCUCUUUAGUAACAAGGGCUGUGGCACCCUGUUUAAAAAUGCUGAGCGGAUGCUGCGAGUUCGCAGCCUGGACAGCCUGGACCAGGACCGCCUGGUGAACCUAGUCAACGCCAGCUUCGGCAAGAAGCUCCGAGACGACUAUCUGGAAUCGCUCCGCCCUCGGCUGCACUCGAUCUAUGUCUCUGAGGGGUACAACGCUGCAGCCAUUUUGACAGUGGAGCCUGUACUAGGGGGCACCGCAUAUCUGGACAAAUUCGUGGUGAGCUCCAGCCGCCAGGGUCAAGGUUCCGGACAGAUGCUGUGGGAGUGCCUUCGGAGGGACCUGCAAACGCUGUUCUGGCGCUCACGGGUCACCAACCCCAUCAAUCCCUGGUACUUCAAGCACAGUGAUGGAAGCUUCUCCAACAAGCAGUGGAUCUUCUUCUGGUUUGGCCUGGCCGACAUCCGGGACUCCUAUGAACUAGUCAACCAUGCCAAGGGGCUGCCGGACUCUUUCCGCAAGCCAGCUUCUGACCCAGGCAGCUGACCCAUCGUCAUGGGCCCCGUAAAUCCUGAGAAGGCCAGGAUGGACCAAAAGCCAUGCCUGCUAAGGGGUGACCCC